CUAAAUUGCAUUGGCAAAUAGAAGAUACCACUCUGGUUUAAUAUGAGGUGGUAUAUUGAGGGGAUUUGCUGGAAUAUACUCUCAGUUUCCUAAAAAGUCAGGAAAGAAUAAAACAAGUUCGAGUAGAAGUAAUCGUAGAAAAACAAAUCCUAAAAUGCCUUUAAUUGUGUGGUAGGGGUGGAAUGGGAUUUUAUUUGCAUUGGUUGAGAUUCCUUGGGUUAUGUGACCCUAUUUGAUGUGGGAAUAGAAGGUGCACAAUAACUAGAGCUGAAACAAUGAAUGGCAGAAUAAAAUGAAAGGUGAAGAAUUGUGUGAAAGUGCCUCUGUCAAGAAAAAAUCCACCUCCAAUUCAUUCUAACAGUGUCUUCAUAAUCCACCCACUCACGGUUCCACUUCUGGAGAAUCCACUAGACCUAUCGCGCAGACAGGAGACUUUGACAUCAACCUGGAGCCUGUGGGACGGCACCCAGGACAGGGGCCCCACAGGUCCCUUUCCGGAAUCAGGGUCCGGAGUAGGGAACGUGGCCCACCUCCCGCGGGCUGGGCACAGAGCUGGGAUGCCCCCCAAUGGCCUCCCUGGGCGAACCCCACAAGGGCUCCCGCUCCGCCAUUUCUCCUCCAGGAGCCUACCCCCAGCCCUCUCUGGGCACAGACACCGUCGAGGGCGGGGCGCGGGCGCCUGCAAAGCUGGCUGGGAAGCGGUCAGCGCGGUUCUCCUCCGGAGGAUCCGACUCCGGAGGAUCUGACGGUGCUUCCCGAGUCAGCCCCUCAGCCCUUGGCCCAGCCCGGCCUGGCCCGCACCAGUCACCGCCUCCUCAUCGCCAGGGGUCUCCGGCAUUGCGCACCUCUCUCCAGCGCCUGGCUCCGACCGGAUCGUCUCCUCGUUGCCAGGCUGACAGGGUCCGCGGAGCAGGCUGCCAGCCGGGACACCCUGGCAGACCACCCCCCGCACCCUGGUCCCCUACUCACGCACCCCCACUUGCCUUCAGAGGCCCAGGGCCCAGGUCGUCAGCCUCCCCCUCCUCUCCUCAGCUCUCCUUUGGCGGCUCCUCACUUGGAUUCCCACCGCUUUCCCCGCGUUCCGAAUGGCAAAGAGGCGUCCCGCCCCCCACGCCUCUGCAGCAAAGUAGGCAGGGGCUGCGCAGGAUGCGGCAAGAACAGCUCGCCGCAAGGGUGUCGGGAAAGGGGGGCGGAGGGAUACGGCGCGAAAGCGCUCGACGCCCCCUCCCAGGCCCACCGUAGUUCCGUAGUUCCGACCCAGAGGUGGGCGGGGCCACCAUGAGCCCCAGCCUGGAUGUGCGUGUUGGCACCAGGCUGCGUCAGGAGGCCCUCGCAGACCCUAAAACGUGGCGACCACCACCAUAUUUCUGGCGCUGCUACAAUAUGUGGGACCAGCGGGCGGCUGGGGACCAGGGCGGGGGACAGGAUCGGGAGGUCGGGAAGAGCCGCACUGGAGGGAGCAGCGGAUGGAUACCAAGCCGCCCCUUGGUGUGUCUGCACCCCCUCCCAACCCUCCCCCGAC